CCUUCUCACCCCAGACUUCCCCGGGCCUUCCCACGCCCUGCAGUCUGAGCUGCCCCUGCCUAUGGCAUUGAGACCUCAUCUCUGACGCAGAUGUCUGUGGCCCUGAGCCUUAUCUCCCACUCCCGCUAGGAAUGCGGGGAGGGUGCUGGCGGAGGGUUUUCACCGCAAGUGACCUGACCCAUGCCUACAACCCCUUCCCCCCACCCCUGGCGUACACACACACACACACACACACACACCGUGACUCGCACCCCAGACCCAACACAGAGGUGACAUCAGGUGGGACAAGAGGCUGGGAGCGGGGUCUGCCAGCUCCUAAAAGUGUUAUUUGUCAGGGAGACAAUGCACCAGCCCCUAAGACCCUCUGGAGCCCCUUUCAAACAAGCAGCUGCCGGCCAGUCACAGGAGGACAGGCUGAGGCUGGAGCUCGAACUGGGGCUGGGGGGGUGGGGGGGCAGGUGGUCCCGCCUGCUCUAAACUUAGCCUCGAGGAGCCGGUCUGGGCUCUUAUCCUCCAGCUGUGUCAUCAGAGAAUAUUUUUGGGAUUGGCAGCUGCAGGCGCCUCUGCCACUCAGGCCCAAGCCUGGCGGGUGGCUGGGGACCUGGCGGCUGGAGGUGGGAGGGAGGAGGGGAAGAGGCCCAGGCUGUGGGAGGGGGCUGGGAAGAGAGGAGCAGGAAGCCAGGCCGCUGGCUGGGGAGGCUGCCGGGCCCCUCGCUGUGAAGGCAAACAGGAAGGACUGCCCCCAGAUCUCUGGAGUCCCGUCCCGGGAAUCGCCGCCACCUCAGAGCUGCAGGUCCGGGCCGAGGGUAAGGAGGCAGGCAGGAGCGGGCGGCUCGGGGAGAGCUCCACAACCCCCACGCCGGACCCCCAGACGCACCCCGCCUCCCAGGUUCCCGCCGCUGCUCCGGGCCUCUGAGCGUCCACCGCCCGCCCUUCCUUCGAGCGCUGCAGGUCGUCUGCGGCCGCCGCGAUGAAGGCGAGCGCGGGCGAUCAGGGGAGCCCCCCGUGCUUUCUGCGCUUCCCGCGGCCGGUGCGGGUGGUAAGUGGCGCCGAGGCCGAGCUCAAGUGUGUGGUCCUGGGGGAACCGCCACCCAAUGUCGUAUGGGAGAAGGGCGGGCAGCAGCUGGCGGCCUCGGAGCGCUUUAGCUUCCCCACCGACGGUGCUGAGCACGGCCUGCUGCUGACUGGCGCGCUGCCCACCGACGCGGGGGUCUAUGUGUGUCGCGCCCGCAACGCGGCGGGGGAGGCCUACGCGGCGGCCGCGAUCACGGUGCUGGAGCCGCCGACCCCCGAGCCCGAUCCCCAGUCCACCGAGCCCUCGCUGCUGCCGCCCGGGACCGGGGAGGGAGCCCCGGUGUUCCUAACGGGGCCCCGGUCGCAAUGGGUGCUUCGGGGGACAGAGGUGGUGCUGACAUGCCAGGUGGGGGGCCUCCCCGCGCCCACGCUCUACUGGGAGAAGGACGGGAUGGCCCUGGACGAAGUGUGGGACAGCAGUCACUUCGUGCUGGAGCCUGGACGCGCGGAGGGGACCGCGGGCGCCAGCCUGGCGCUGCGCAUCCGGGCGGCGAGGCUGCCGGAUUCCGGCGUCUAUGUAUGCCACGCCCGCAACGCGCACGGCCACGCGCAGGCCGGCGCGCUGCUCCAGGUGCAACAGCCCCCAGAGAGCCCCCCGGAGGACUCCGACGAGGCCCCCAGGCCGGUGGUGGAGCCACUCAAGUGCGCGCCCAAGACCUUCUGGGUGAACGAGGGCAAGCACGCCAAGUUCCGCUGCUACGUGAUGGGCAAGCCCGAGCCUGAGAUCGAAUGGCACUGGGAGGGCCGCCCGCUGCUCCCGGACCGUCGCCGCCUCAUGUACCGCGACCGCGACGGCGGCUUCGUGCUCAAAGUGCUCUACUGCCAGGCCAAGGACCGCGGGCUCUACGUGUGCGCCGCGCGCAACUCGGCGGGCCAGACGCUCAGCGCCGUGCAGCUGCACGUCAAAGAGCCCCGCCUCCGCUUUUCCAGGCCCCUGCAGGACGUGGAGGGCCACGAGCAGGGGAUUGCCGUGCUGGAGUGCAGAGUGCCCAACUCCCGCAUUCCCACGGCCUGGUUCCGCGAGGACCAGCGGCUGCUGCCCUGCCGCAAAUACGAGCAGAUCGAGGAGGGCACCGUCAGGCGCCUCGUCAUCCACAGGCUGAAGGCGGACGACGACGGUGUCUACCUGUGCGAGAUGCGGGGCCGGGUGCGCACUGUGGCCAGUGUGACAGUCAAAGGGCCUAUCCUGAAGCGGCUGCCCCGCAAGCUUGACGUCCUAGAGGGCGAGAACGCGGUGCUGCUGGUAGAGACUCGAGAGGCCGGGGUCGAGGGGCGCUGGAGCCGCAAUGGGGAGGACAUGCCGGCCACCUGCCAGAGCAGCUCGGGCCACAUGCACGCCCUGGUCCUCCCAGGCGUCACUCGAGAAGAUGCCGGCGAAGUCACCUUCAGCCUGGGCAGCUCCCGCACCACCACUCUUCUCAGAGUCAAAUGCAUCAAGCACAAACCCCCAGGACCCCCGGUGUUGGCAGAGAUGUUCAAGAGCCGAAAGAACAUGGUCUUGCUGACCUGGAAGCCUCCCGAGCCGGCUCCCGAGACCCCCUUCGUCUACCGGCUGGAGCGGCAGAAGGCGGGCUCGGAAGACUGGGUCCAGUGCUUCAGCAUGGAGAACUCGGGGGCCGUGGAGGUGUCGGGAGACUGCGUGCCCUCCGAGGGCGACUACCGCUUCCGCAUCUGCACCGUCAGCGAGCACGGCCGCAGCCCCCACGUCGUGUUCCACGGGUCUGCUCGCCUUGUGCCCACAGCUCGCGUGGUGGCAGGUCUGAGGGACGUGCAGGUAUACGACGGGGAGGAUGCCGUCUUCUCCCUUAUUCUCUCCACCGUCAUCCAGGGCACCUGGUUCCUCAACGGGGUGGAACUCCGCAGCACUGAGCCGGAGGGCCAGGUGGAGCCCGGGGCUCUGCGGUACCGCAUGGAGCACAACGGCCUGCAGCACCUGCUUGUCCUGCACGCCGUCACGCGCCAGGAUGGCGGGGCCCUCGUUGGCUUCAGCUGCCCGGGCGUGCAGGACUCGGCUGCCCUCACCAUCCAAGAGAGCCCGGUGCACAUCCUGAGCCCCCAGGGCAAGGUGUCCUUGACCUUCACGGCCUUGGAGCGGGCGGUGCUGACGUGUGAGCUCUCCCGGAUGGACUUCCCAGCCUGCUGGUACAAGGACGGGCAGGAGGUGGAGGAGAGUGAGUCGCUGGUGGUGAAGGUGGAUGGACACAAGCACUGCCUGGUCCUGCCCGCGGCCCAAGUCCGGGACAGCGGCGAGUUUGAGUGCAGAACAGAAGGGGUCUCGGCCUUCUUCAGUGUCACCGUUCAAGAGCCCCCCGUGCACAUCCUGCACCCCCGCGAGCAUGUGUUUGUGCACGCCGACACCUCCGAGUGCGUCAUGCUGGCCUGCGAGGUGGACCGAGAGGGCGCCCCCGUGCGGUGGUACAAGGACGGGCAGGAGGUGGAGGAGAGCGACACCACGGUGCUGGAGAAGGAAGGACCCCACCGCCGCCUGGUGCUGCCUGCGGCCCAGCCCUCCGACAGCGGCGAGUUCCAGUGCGUCGCCGGAGAUGAGUGCGCCUCCUUCACCGUUACCGUCACAGACGUCCCCGCGUGGAUUGUGUCCCCCAGUGACAAGGUGUACGUGGCCGCCGUGCACCUGGAGCGAGUGGUGCUGACCUGUGAGCUGUGCCGGCCCUGGGCCGAGGUGCGCUGGACCAAGGACGGGAAAGAGGUGGUGGAGAGCCCAGCGCUGCUCCUGCAGAAGGAGGACACCGUCCGCCGCCUGGUGCUGCCUGCCGUCCAGCUGGAGGACUCCGGCGAGUACUUGUGUGAAAUCGAUGAUGAGUCAGCCUCCUUCACCGUCACCGUCACAGAGCCCCCGGUGCGCAUCAUCUACCCCCGGGACGAGGUGACCUUGAUCGCCGUGAGCCUGGAGUGUGUGGCGCUCGUGUGUGAGCUGUCGCGGGAGGACGCGCCCGUGCGCUGGUACAAGGACGGGCUCGAGGUGGAGGAGAGCGAGUCCCUGGUGCUGGAGAGUGAUGGGCCCCGCCGCUGCCUGGUGCUGCCCGCGGCCCAGCCCUCGGACGGGGGCGAGUUCGUGUGCGACGCUGGGGACGACUCCGCCUUCUUCACCGUCACCGUCACAGCCCCUCCAGAGAGGAUCGUGCGCCCCGCAGCCCGCUCCCUGGACCUGCAGUUUGGGGCUCCAGGGCGCGUGGAGCUGCGCUGCGAGGUGGCCCCUGCUGGGUCCCAGGUGCGCUGGUACAAGGAUGGGCUGGAGGUGGAAGCGUCAGACACCCUGCAGCUGGGUGCUGAGGGGCCCGCCCGCACCCUGACCCUGCCCCACGCCCAGCCUGAGGAUGCCGGGGAGUAUGUGUGCGAGACCCGCGAUGAAGCUGUCACCUUCAACGUCAGCCUGGCUGAGCCCCCAGUCCAGUUCCUCGCCCCAGAGACAGAUCCUGCCCCACUCUGUGUGGCACCCGGAGAACCGGUGAUGCUGAGCUGUGAGCUGUCCCGGGCCGGGGCCCUUGUGUUCUGGAGCCACAACGGGAGGCCGGUGCGGGAGGGUGAGGGCCUGCAGCUCCGCGCUGAGGGCCCCCGCCGCAUCCUCUGCAUCCGGGCUGCAGAGCCGGCCCAUGCAGGCCUCUACACCUGUCAGUCCGGGGAGGCCCCGGGAGCCCCCAGCCUCAGCUUCACCGUCCAGGUGGCAGAGCCCCCCGUGAGGGUGGUGGCCCCCGAGGCGGCCCAGACGAGGGUCCGUGGUACCCCAGGCGGGGACCUAGAGCUGGUGGUGCACCUCUCUGGGCCCGGGGGCGCGGUGCGCUGGUACAAGGACGGGGAGCGACUGGCGAGCCAGGGGCGGGUGCAGCUGGAGCAGGCCGGGGCAAGGCAGGCGCUGCGGGUGCGGGGGGCGCAGCACGGAGACGCUGGGGAGUACCUGUGCGACGCCCCCCAGGACAGCCGCAUCUUCCUCGUCCGUGUGGAAGAGCCGCCGCCGGCGAAGCUGGUCUCGGAGCUGACGCCGCUCACCGUGCACGAGGGCGACGAUGCCACGUUCCGCUGUGAAGUCUCCCCUCCGGACGCCGACGUCACCUGGCUGCGCAACGGGGCUGCGGUGGCUCCCGGGCCCGGGCUGGAGGUGGCCCGGAAUGGGCCGAGCCGAACCCUGACCGUGCGAGGGUGCCAGCUCAAGGACGCGGGGACCGUGACCGCCCAAGCAGGGGGCACAGCCACAAGCGCCCGGCUCCACGUCCGAGAAACGGAGCUGCUGUUCCUUCGGCGGCUGCAGGACGUGCGGGUGGAGGAAGGCCAGGACGUGUGCCUGGAAGUAGAGACGGGCCGUGUGGGCACAGCGGGGGCCGUGCGCUGGGUUCGGGGCGGGGAGCCCCUGCCCCACGACGCCCGCCUGUCCGUGGCCCAGGAGGGCCACGUGCACCGCCUCCUCAUCUGUGGCGUCGUGCUGGCCGAUCAGGGCACCUACGGCUGUGAGAGCCACCACGACCGCACCCUGGCCAGGCUCAGCGUGAGGCCGAGGCAGCUAAGGGUGCUGAAGCCUCUGGAGGACGUGGCCAUCGUUGAGGGGGGCAGUGCUACCUUCCAGCUGGAGCUGUCCCAGGAGGGCGUGACCGGGGAAUGGGCCCGGGGGGGAGUCCGGCUGCACCCGGGGCCCCAGUGCCACAUCCACGCAGAGGGCCACACUCACCGCCUGGUGCUCGGUGGCUUGGGCCCGGCCGACUCAGGCUGCAUCUCCUUCACCUCGGACUCCCUGCGCUGUGCGGCCAGACUCACUGUGAGAGAAGCCCCAGUGACCAUUGUGCAGGCACCACAGGACUUAGAGGUGACUGAGGGCGACACAGCUACGUUCGAGUGUGAGCUUUCCCAGGCCUUGGCUGACGCUACCUGGGAGAAGGACGGGCGCCCGCUCCUCCCAAGCCCUCGGCUCAGGCUCCAGGCCCUCGGUACGCGGCGCCUUCUCCAGCUGCGGCGCUGCGGCCCCUCGGACGCCGGGACCUACAGCUGCGCGGUGGGGACGGCUCGCGCCGGCCCUGUCCGCCUGACCGUGCACGAGCGGGUGGUCUCCGUGGUCUCCGAGCUCCAGUCGGUGAGAGCCCGCGAAGGCGACGGCGCCACGUUCGAGUGCACUGUGUCGGAGGUCGAGACCCCCGGGAGCUGGAAGCUCGGAGGCCGCCCCCUGAAGCCCGGAGGCCGUGUCCGCAUCCGACAAGAAGGGAAGAAACACAUUCUGGUGCUGAGUGAGCUGCGCCCGGACGAUGCGGGUGAGGUCCGCUUCCAGGCGGGACCCGCCCAGUCCGCAGCUGAGCUGGAGGUGGAGGCACUCCCUCUCCAGAUGUGCCGCCGCCCGCCUCGAGAGAAGACGGUGCUGGCGGGCCGCCGGGCGGUGCUGGAGGUGACGGUGUCCCGCUCAGGGGGCCACGUGUGCUGGUUGCGGGAGGGGAUCGAGCUGUGUCCGGGAGACAAGUACGAGCUGCGCAGCCAUGGCCCCACCCACAGCCUGGUCAUCCAUGACGUGCGACCCGAGGACCAGGGCACCUAUUGCUGCCAGGCUGGCGAAGACAGCGCCCACACGCGGCUGCUGGUCGAGGGUGAGUGGAGCCGACUAGGGCAGGCGGGCUGGCCAAGCAGGAGUGGUCCGAGACACGCCCACCCAGGUUUUUCAGGACUUGGGAUAGCAAGAUGGUUCUGGAGUGUCUUGAAGGUAGGAGGUGGGGAGGCCAGAGAUCUCACCCAGGCGAAGAGAGGAGGGAGCUCUGUUCUCAGCCAGAACUACUUGGUUCAGGCAGGGCAGCUGUUCCCACCUUUCUACACCCCUUCCUGUCCAGUGUUCCCCUCACUCCCUCCCGUCCCUGGACCAUGUUUGUGCUACCUGAACACCCCAUUUGUACCCAAGUUCCUAUCCUUCCCGAUGCUUCUGCUUCAUGCCCGCCACCUGUCCCUCACCCCCCCCCCCCUCCUGCUCUCUGCUGGCCUCUGCCCACCUCAGGGAGUUCAGCGUCAGCCUGGGCGGCUUCCGAGCUAGUCCCGUUUCCUUUCUUUCCCACGUAGGAGAUGCCCCGCCCUCCAUCCUGAUCCCUGCCUGACCCUAACCAGCCCCCACUUCCCUGUCCCAAAGACAGCCUCAACACAGGCCCAGCAAGGGUGGGGCAGAGGGUGAGGGCCCCACUCUUCCCGUGUGGGUGCCCAGCCUCUGCCAGGGAGGAAGGUGGUACCCACUCUCUCCCCAGCCCCACGCGGAGUCAUUCCUCUGCAGGUAGCUAGAAGGACCGAACCAGGCCAGGCGGGUGCCCUCGGACAGCUUGGAAGGCGCAUGCCCUUAUGCCGGGCAGGGGUGGGGAGGCAGGGGAACCAGAGGUGAUGGGAGACAAUAAAAGUGAUGCAGCCCCU